AUGCCGAAUGGAGCGGAGAAACCCAUCGCUUUUUACUCCCGUACCUUAUCCAAAGCUGAGCGAAAUUAUGCUCAGAUUGAUCGAGAAGCUAUUGCCUUGGUAGAAGGAGUAAAGAAGUUCCACAACUACUUCUACGGUCGUACUUUCACACUAAUCACCGAUCAUCGACCUCUGUUGGGUAUUUUUACCACAUCGAAAGCAAUCCCAAACAUUAUUUCAAAUCAGAUGCUACGUCGAUCUUUGUUCCUGUCAGCAUAUACUUUCGAGCUAGUACACCGCUCCGGAUUAAAAAUGUGCAAUGCGGAUUUUCUAAGUCGUUGUCCACUGUCAGCAGCAUCGGACGCUGUUAGCACCGACGAUGUGCUUAUGAUCGAAUUUGCAGCAACGCCAAUCAUAAGUGCUGAGGCGAUUGCCGCUCAAACAUCGAAGGACCCCUUAUUGGCGAAAGUAUCAAACUGGGUGUUAAGGGGAUGGCCUGACAUGAAAUUGGAGCAAUCAGAUAUUGCAUAUCCAUACUAUUGCCGUCGGAAACAGCUCUCUACAAAUAAAGGAGUUUUGAUUUGGGGAAAUCGCGCCGUAGUUCCACCGAAAUCCAGAGCAACAAUUUUAGCUGCUCUACAUGCCGCUCAUCCAGGCAUUGUAAAAAUGAAGGCGUUAGCGCGUAGCUAUGUUUGGUGGCCAAACAUUGACGAAGAGAUUGAGCUCAUUGUUAAGAAAUGUAUUCCAUGCCUGCAGAAUCGUAACGAUCAUUCAGAGGCACAGGUGCAUCAUUGGGAGUCAGCCAAGCGGCCGUGGUCCCGUCUACACAUCGACUUUGCAGGACCUUUUCAAGGAAAAACCUUUCUUCUGGUCGUGGAUUCUUACUCAAAAUGA